AUGCUCAAAGGGCCCGGAUCAGCCACUGGUCCGGGACGGGUGGGCCGGGCCCGCCACGGGGUCCCAGGACAGGCGGGCAGGCGUCUGCCUCGGGUCCGGGCCGGGCGGGGGGCCGUGCCUGCCGCGGGUCCCAGACGGGUGGGCAUGGCGUCCCGCAACGCGUCCCGGGACGGGCGCGCCGGGCCUGCCGCGGGUCCCGGACAGGCGGGCGGUGUCCAACAUGGGCUUGGGACGGGAGGGCCCGGGUCCGCCAUGGGUACCGGGAUGGACGGAUGGUGCCUGCCACUUGUCACGGGACUGGCGGGCCAGGCCCGCCUCGGGUCCCCGGACGGGCAGCGGUGUCCGCGACAUGUCCCAGGACAGGCGGGCCGUACCCGCCACGGGUCACGGGAUGGGCGAGCGUGUCCUCCACGUGUCCCGGGACCGGCGGGUCAGGCCUGCCUCUGGUCCUGGGAUGGGCAGGGCAGUGUCCGCCACAUGUCAUGGGACAGGUGGGCCGGUGCCCGCCACGUUUCUUGGGACUGGCAGGCUGGGCGGGCAGUGUUUACCACGCGUCCCGGGAUGGGUGUACGGUAUCUGCCACGUAUCCCCGGACAGGAGGGCAGUGUCCGCCACGCAUCCCGGGAUGGGCGAGUCGUGCCCACCACGGAUCCUGGGACGGCGGGGCAGCGUCUGCCACGGUUCCCGGGAGGGCUUGCAGGGGUCCACUACGCAUCCCAGGACGGGCGGGACGGGCCCGCCGCGGGUCUAUGGACUGCCGGACAGGGGUCCGCCACACGGUCUGGCACGGGCAGGCAGGCGUCUGCUGCGGUUACCGGAAUGGGUGGGCGGUGUCCACCACGUGUCCCAGGAUGGGCUGGCCGGGCCCACCGUAGGUCCAUGGACGGGCGGGCGGUGUCCACCACGUGUCCUGGGACGGGCUGGCUGGUGCCCGCCAAGUGUCUUGGGACAGGCGGGCUAUGCCCGUCGCGGGUCCUGGGAUGGCCGGGCGGUGCCCACCACAUGUCUCGUGAUGCUUAG